AUGAAUAAAUGAGUUAAUAGAUUUCAUCGGGCUUUUCUAAAAGAAAACCGAUUUCUUUUCACUUCAGAAUCUGUUGCUGAAGGACAUCCUGAUAAAUUGUGUGAUCAGAUAAGUGAUGCUGUUCUAGAUGCUCAUCUCAGUGCUGAUCCAGAUGCCAAGGUUGCUUGUGAGUGUGUAGCAAAAACUGGAAUGAUUUUGCUUUGUGGAGAGAUCACAUCCCAGGGUAUAGUAGAUUACCAACAAAUUGUAAGAGAAACCCUUAAGAGGAUAGGGUAUGAUGACUCUUCCAAAGGGCUGGAUUACAAGACUUGCACAGUUUUAGUGGCCUUAGAACAACAGUGUAAAGAAAUCAAGCAUGCUGUAUCCCAUGGCAAGACCGAUGAUGACAUUGGAGCAGGGGAUCAGGGUUUGAUGUUUGGCUAUGCCACUGAUGAAACUGAUGAAUGUAUGCCCUUAACAGUCCUCCUGGCACACAAACUGACUGCAAAGAUCAAGGUUCUGGAACGGAAUGGAACAUGGCCCUGGGUUAGACCAGAUGGGAAAAUACAGGUCACAAUGGAAUACAAGGAGAAUAAUGGUGCAAUGGUGCCCAUUCGAGUGCACACACUUGUGAUGUCAGUACACCAUGCCCCAGAUGUAUCAGUACAACACAUACGAAAGGAGUUAAUGGAGAAAGUUAUUAAAGAAGUUAUUCCAGAGAAGUAUCUUGAUAAGGACACAAUUUAUCAUCUAAUUCCUAGUGAAAAAUUUGUGGAAGGUGGUCCUAAGAGUGAUGCUGGACUGACUGGCAGGAAGAUCAUUGUUGAUACCUAUGGAGGCUGGGGAGCCCAUGGUGGAGGUGCAUUCUCUGGAAAAGAUCCCUCCAAAGUUGAUCGUUCUGCAGCUUAUGCAGCUCGCUGGGUUGCAAAAUCUCUAGUGAAAGCUGGUCUCUGUAAAAGAGUAUUAAUCCAG